AUUAAUAUAUAAAUAUUAGAUAUUUUCAAUUACUACAAAAUUAAAUGCAAUGGCGUUCUCGUCGUGCUUUACUUGAAUGCUUAAAGAUUAGAGAAAGACAAAAUUGAUUUCUUCGGGCCAGUUUGUUGAAUUUUUAAUUUCUUAUUUGGUUUUCAGUUUAUCAUUUCAAGAAGAUAUGUUAAUUUUUUUUAUCCUUCCCAAGAAUUCGGUGCUUUUAGCUGAAAACAAAUUUCUCUCGAAUCAUUCCCGGACGGCGUCGUGUUCAUUGGUGUAAAUACGCUGAUCGGUGUUUUUUAGGCGAUUCCUUUUCCUUUUGUUUUUUUUGUCCCUUGAUUUGAACGAUGUUAUUCUUCUGGUUUGCUUAAAAUGCUAGAUUUGUUCAAGCAAGGGUUUAAUGAUUCUGUUAUCACUUUUGAUUCAAAAGUGUGAGAUUUCAUUUUUCUUCUGUAAUUUUCUUUUUCGGACAGCUGUGCCUUUCAAUUUGAAAUGCAUUAUGGCGAUGUUUGUACUUAAAAAUUCGAAAGUUUAAUUUCUGAUUAAUUGCGGAAGAUUAUUAUUCGUCGGCAAAGGUAUUCGAAGAUUGGAGAUACGAUUGAAGCUAAAUUCUAAGAAAGGAAUGUGGACUGAAGAUGCCAAGCAUUAGAGCUCCUCCUACCAAGAAAACCACAACUCUCACUGUUGCUGUGAAAUGUAGGCCAUUAACUGAGAGAGACUAUGGGCGUGAUAUAGUUAGAGUGCACAAUCAUCAGGAGGUGGUUGUUUUGGAUCCUGACCUUUCAAAGGACUACUUAGAUCGCAUUCAGAAUCGAACAAAGGAACGUAGAUACACUUUUGAUCAUGCCUUUGGCCCUAACUCCACCAAUUUGGAUGUCUACAGGAGAACUCAUUCAACGAUUUCUGGGGUCGUCCAAGGUCUUAAUGCCACUAUAUUUGCUUAUGGUUCCACUGGGAGUGGCAAAACAUAUACCAUGGUCGGAACUCCAAAUGACCCCGGGCUUAUGGUUCUCAGUCUAAAUACAAUCUUUGAUCUUAUUGAGAAAGACAAUAGCUCUGAUAAGUUUGAAGUUACUUGUUCAUACCUCGAAGUCUACAAUGAGGUCAUCUAUGACUUGCUUGAAAAAUCAUCGGGUCACUUAGAACUCAGAGAGGAUCCUGAGCUUGGAAUCAUUGUUGCUGGCCUUAGAAGUAUCAAGGUGAACUCAGCUGAUAGGAUCCUUGAACUUUUAAAUUUGGGGAACAGUAGACGAAAAACUGAAAGCACUGAGGUUAAUGGAACUUCCUCGCGAUCACAUGCAGUUUUGGAGAUAAGUGUGACAAGAAAACAGCAAAGGAAGUAUUCUAAUCAGGUUAUUAGGGGAAAACUUGCACUUGUAGAUCUUGCCGGCAGUGAACGAGCAUCUGAAACAAACAGUGUGGGCCAAAAAUUCAGAGAUGGUGCCAAUAUCAAUCGAUCACUUCUUGCUUUGGCAAAUUGCAUAAACGCUUUGGGGAAACAACGGAAGAAGGGUCUAGCUUAUGUUCCUUAUCGCAACAGCAAGUUGACACGGAUUCUUAAAGAUGGUCUGAGUGGUAAUUCUCAAACAAUAAUGAUUGCCACCGUGUCACCAGCUGACAGUCAGUAUCACCAUACUGUCAAUACUUUGAAAUAUGCUGACCGAGCAAAGGAAAUUAAGACGCAUAUCCAGAAAAAUAUAGGUACAGUUAAUGCUCAUGUAUCAGACUACCAAAAAAUGAUAGACAAUCUUCAGAGUGAAGUUAGCCUGUUGAGGAAGGAAUUAGCUGAAAAAGACUCACAACUAAGUGCCAAGCCUACUGAAAAAGCAGCAGAUGAUGAACUCUCUUGGUUGAACUUAUUGAGCCAAGAAACCAGUGAAAAUGUCCAGGAAAGGAUAAAUUUACAGAAGGCUUUGUUUGAGCUUGAAGAAACUAACCUCCGCAAUCGCACUGAACUCCAACAUCUCGAUGACGCUAUUGCAAAACAACAGUCUAUUGAAAAAGAUGGAGCAGUUGUACUGGCUUUACAAGCACGGCGUCAAGUGAUUCUUGAUAACAUUCGUGACAACGAUGAGCUUGGUGUCAGUUAUCAAAAGGAAAUUGAAGCAAAUGAGGAGCACAGGCGCCAACUACAAAAUAGGACCGAGGAUUCCAUUAGAAACAAUGGAAACAAAACGUAUUUGCGAAUUCUCAGUCAAUACAGGCUGCUGGGAAUUGCUAAUACUGAGCUUCAGUUUGAAAUGGCAAUGAGAGAUCAAAUUAUUUACAACCAAAGAGAAGCACACAGAAAUCUGUGGAGUCUGAUCAUGAGCUUAGGAUUUGAUGAGAAACAGAUAUUAGAUCUUGGUGCACAACAAGGAAUAUCUAUUGAAGACUCGACAAUGAAACAGCCAGUUAGGCCGUCUGACAGGAGUCAGUCACCAAGUUUGGAUUAUGGGAGAUAUACUCCGGUAACUCCACUAUCUUGUUUUUCAUGCAAUGGUCAAUCUCAUGCUGUAUCACCUUGCAUCUUCCCACAAGACCAGCAGUUUAGUUCAAGAUCUUUUGAUUUUGAAAAUCAGAAAAUUCCUCAUGCAUUUUGCCAAGAAGAGCACCAUAGAUCUUAUUACAUUUCUCAUGGGUACUCAUCGGCCCAUCAGCACUGGUACAGCAACCAGCCAGAUUCUGGUUUUGGUUCCCUCGACCAACAUUCUCAUGGCUUGUGCUAUUCAUUUCAACAAAUGAGAAGCCAUAACACGCCAUACAGUGAGAGUGGUAGAUCAACUUCAUCUUUAACUGCAAACUUCAAGCAGCAGCAGCAGGAUACAUGGACACACACUAAUGCACAGGAAGGACAGAAGAAUUCUUGUGCUGAUAUGAGUAGUCCUCACAAAGGACUGCUGGUGCAUCAUGAAGAGAUAUCCCAAGAUCUUUCUGGACAUAGUCAAGUGGGGCAAGGUUUCAGUAGGCUCAACUAUCAACAAUUUUUUCCGAAUGCUCCAUCCGCUACCCGGCAAAGUAUCUCCCAAACGCUGCCUUCACAUCAUACUUCCAAGUUCCUGGCAGAUCACUUUUAGAGCUACUGUCUUUCAUACUUAGCCAGGCCAAUUUUUCAGAGAACAGAUCAGUGAAUUUUAGAUAUUUUGUUCCCUCUUCCAUUUCUUUUCCCUCCAAAUGUACAUAUGGGUAGGUGGUGUUAGGAGUAGAGUAGUCAAAUAGCUGUGGCCAAAGGUGAUAUGUUGAUUUUGUCCAAUUCAUUUUCUUCUAUUCAUUUGGAGAGAGAUUUUGGGAUGGCUUCUGGAAGAGUUAGCCAGCCGCAAUUUUAUACAAUUGGUAUGUCAAUAGCAGGAUUGUAGUUCUAA